AUGGAGGAAGCAAGCUUCGUGAACAGCGGGGACAUCUUCUCCCUCACCGACAAGUCGGGCUACCAGAUUCACCGAUACACCAAGACCGGAGGCGGCAACGUGCCGCAGCACCGCCGACGCAUGCCUCGGUCUCAAUCGACAUACACGAUGCUGCACGAAACCAACCGCAGUCAUAUCUACAUUCCCCCAAGCAGUCGAGAGCACAUCCUGUUCGUGACCAAGAGCGUGCACAUGCGCGAGUGCCUGGCCGAGUUACUCGGUACGCUCGUGUUCCUGUGCUUCGGUAUCGGCGCGAACAAUCAGGUGAACCUUUCAGACGACGCCAACGGGACGUGGCUGAGCGUCAACCUCUGCUGGGGGAUCGGUGUGCUCAUCGGCGUGUACGUCGCGGAGGGGAUCAGCGGCGCGCACUUGAACACGGCCGUCACCUUCACGCACGCGGUGUUCAGCCCGCAGACGUUUGGGGCAUUCUGCGCCUCUGCGUUGAUCUACGUGCUGCACUACCAGCGGCUGAUGGACGAGGACCCGGACAGCAACACCACUCAAGGCAACUUCGCGACGUUCCCGAGAGACAAUAUCUCCAACCUCACUGCGUUCUACAGCGAGACACUGGGGACGGCGUUGCUGCUGAUGGCGAUCUACGCGAUCACGGACGAGCGCAACCGCGGCGCCGGGCCGGUCGGCACGCCCUUCGCGUUCGCGAUGCUCUUCAUGGCGCUGGGCAUGGCGCUGGGCAUGAACACCGGCUACGAGCUGAACCCCGCGCGCGACUUCGGGCCGCGGUUGUUCACACUUCUUGCUGGGUAUGGCCCAAAGGUGUUCAGCGACCACGCGCACUACUUCUGGGUCCCGAUCCUCGGUCCGCCUAUUGGGGGCGUUAUGGGCGCUGGGUCGUACUUCUUCAUCGUGCAGCUGCAGCACGGCGACGACGACGAGGAGGAGAGCGACGUGCUUCAGUAG